CCUCACCCUUGCCCCAACAUUUCUCAUCCACCACAUAUCCUCAACUCUUCCAUGUAUAUUAGUCCUUCCAAGCACCCCAAAGAGUUCAUUCCACAAAGCAACUUCAACAAGUUAUAACUCACCCAUCAAAUUCAACCCAGAAACAGACAUUUGUUUCCAUCUUUUUUUGAAUGAAAAUGGCAGCAAACUCAUUCUCUAUGAGGUGUUCAAAGGUCCGGUCGUGGCAACGGUGUCCAAAGCAAAUUCGAGAGCAGAAGGCAAGGCUUUAUAUCAUCUGGAGAUGUACUGUUCUGCUUCUGUGCUGGCAUGACUGAUGAGUUUCAACAGUUGAUGUGAGGUUUUAGGUUAGUUAAAGAAUGAAAGUUCGAGGUUUAGCACUUGUAAAAUUAACUAUAUUGGCAAGAUUAGGACGUAUUGGGUGGUCUUUGUGUAGGUCUGGUUUGAGAAGUCUCUGGCUGAUUUGAUACUUGUAUCAUACAUAAAUUACAUACAUAUAUCUUUGAUACCAUAACACCUCUUUAGAUCAGUUUUUGCAAGUUCUGUACAAAGUCAUGUGCUUGAAUGUGUAUCAGAAACAGCAGAUUCGAAUUUUAAGAUAACUAAAUCUA